CUCUGAAUGCGCGCGUGGUAGCUUCUGUCCUCUCGGUUCUCAGUGCGUAGUCCAACGUCGCCGGGGUAGUACCUAUACACGUGAACUCUCCUCGCUCCUCUCCUGGUGUACCGAGUUUUCUCGUGCAUACCGAUCUUUGUUUUUUUUUUGUUUUUUUUUUUUUGCCGAUACGACAAAAAUCGUUUAUUUGCUCAAAAUGUGCCGGUAAGCCGAGGAUCGAAGCUGUUGUCGCUCGCACUCGUUACCGAUCCGCAACAGACAGGCUGCCGAUCCCCCAUGCGCGGCAGUCGUAUUGUUCUCCCCGCGGAGGUGGCGAUUUAAAAACGUGACGGACACGUAAAUACAUUACAGUUUUGGACUCCUUACAUACAUACAACUUUACUCAUACUUUGUUUGGUCAUCGCGUAAUUUAACGAAGAUUGUAUACAAGAUGAAGGCCGAGGAGGUCAGAGUAGGCGGCUACCAGAUCCUUACGGCGUUACUGCUGUCGGUCAACCUCAUAACGGUGGCGAUGAGCCACGCGUUAUCGAUAUUUUACAAAUACACACCGAAAUUUUACUGCCAGGAGGAGAGCGGUGGCGCGAGCACGGAUGUGUCGAACGUGAGCAACCGCACGUACGGGUGUUUGCCGGCCGGCGUCAGUUGUGCCGGCGGCUACCUGUUCGAGUCGCAGCAGCACUUUCUCCUGCACGGGUCGAGCUCGAUGAUGAUGAUGAUGAGCCCGUCCCCGGAGCGCAGCAGCGUCGUCACCGAGUGGCAACUCGUGUGCGAACGGGCCCAUCUGCUCCGGGCACUUAGCGAGCUCUACUUCGCUGGGUUGCUGCUGGGGGGCCUGGUCGCCGGUUUUUUAGCCGACAGGCUCGGUAGGCUGCCUGUACUUGCUGUGUGUCUCUACGCCCAGGGUGCUCUAGCCGUGGCCCUCAAUAUCGUCGAGAAGUACCAGCUGUUCCUGGUGUUCCGGGGCCUGCAAGGCUUCUUCAUGCAGGGCCUCGAGAGCUGCACGUUCAUCCUGUGCAUGGAGCUCUUCCCUGCCAAGUACAGGACCCUCGUCGCCCUGGUCGUCCUCUCGAUACGAUCCCUCGGUCUGAUGCUCAUCUCGGGCUUCAGCUACUUCAUUCCCGACUGGCGGAUCCUCCAGCUCAUAUCGUGCGUGCCCACCGCCAUAACCGUCCUCUACAUAUGGCUGAUCCCGGAAUCUCCACGCUGGCUGAUAGCCAAGGGCAAGACGAUAGACGCGCAACUGCUCCUCGAGAGGAUGAGCAAGUACAACAGCUUGUUGGGCUUGAGCGACAGGAAGACUCGUAGCGAUGGCAAAGAGACACCGCUCAAGCCCAAGAGGAAAGCAAAGACCACGACGACGACGACGACGACGCGGGUGACGAGCGACGACGCCAAGUGCGCCGAUCUCGAGAAAUCGCUACACGAGUCCUUGAACCUACUGUCGACGGCCGAACAGGAGCGAGCCGACGAAGAAGCGAGCAGGGCACCGACGAUCGUAGUCACCGAUGACAAGAGCCGUCCUCGAGGGGGUGACAAGAGCGACGAGCCAAUACCACCCCUUGGGGGAUACUCGCCCGUGACGAGCAGAGAGACGACUCCACGACAGGGCAGCCGGAGCGGAAUGGCCGGGUUUCUCAGGAGGUUCAUCGGCCGUACCUGCGUGCUUCUUAUGUUUGCGUGGUUCGCGUCCUCGAUAGCGUUCCACAGUCUGGUGAGCAUGCCCCAGAAGUUGAGCUCCGAGCGCCACGUGUCCCUGAGCUUGGCCGCGGCAAUGGAGAUCGGUACUUUCGUGCUGAGCUACCUGUUGGCCACGUCGCGCUGCGGCAGGCGCUGGGGCCUCAGCAUCGGGCAGAUCCUCGCUGGUGCGGUCUGCGUGGCCAUCGCGGUCAUCUCUUUCAACGCCGACGACAGGUCGCCCCUCAAGUGGCUCGCCACGGCGAAACUAGCGGCAAUCGUGAUCGGUCGAAUCGUCAACAUCGUCUCCUUCUUCAUCCUUCGAUUGGUAAUGAUCGAACUUUUGCCGACGACCUCGCGAGCUACCGGGGUCGGGUUGUGCAUAGGCGCUGAAAUGAUGGGAGGCCUCCUCAUGCCCUUUAUCCUCAAGCUCAAUAGAUUCGUGCCUGAGCUUGGGCGAGUCGUGAUUGGCGUCACGUGCAUCUGCUCGGGUCUGUUGGUUCUGUCUCUUCCGGAGACUUUGCGCGCCGUUUUGCCGGACACCGCGGAAGAAGCCAGGGAACUCGUCGGGAGCAUCGGCGAUGGCAAAGACGAUGACGAAAAAGCCAAACGACACACGAAUAAUUUUCAAGAGCAUUCCACGGACCUCGAUACCGAAGCUUCAUAGACAUAGAACGCAAGGGGGGAAUGCGUCCGUUUGCGUUGGGUGGGACGUUGGUCUCUUGUUUCGAAGCUCGAUGACUCCUCGUGAUUGUAAAUAUUUACAUAUGUACAUACAUUGUAUGGAACAUAAACGUUGUUAUGUGGCUGAGUAACCAAAGUGCGUGCAACAGCAGCGUAUGUGUAAAAAUGUAAUAUACUAUACUUUUUUCCAACAAGUCAUUCCUA